AUGGCGCCACAGAAGAAGAUUAAUUAUGCUGAACUUUGUGAUCUUGUAAGAGGUCUGGAACAAAAGCCCAAAAAGAGACAACGACAGUAUGCAUUUCAGUACCUGUGCAACAGGUUCCCAGGAUUGAUUUAUGCAAAGGUAAAAGAACCACAAAUAAGAGAUAGGAUGGCUGAUGACCACUUUGAAGAUAUUCUUAGUCCAACUGGAAAAGAGGCGUGGGUGGCAUUCAAGGUCGAUGGAGUGCACCGAUGUUGGCAGACUAUUAUUGGACCCUUCAACGUGAUUUGCCAACUCAUCAAUAUAAGAGAAAGGGCUAUAGAGGAUCCUGCAGAGACAGAUUUCCAGGCAGGUUUCGAGAAGGGCAGUCAGGUUUCUAGUGAGGUAUGA